AUGAACAACAAAGACAGUCGCAUUGUCAUCGUAGGGGCGGGCGUGUUUGGUCUGGCGGCCGCCCGUCAACUGGCGUUGGAGGGAUAUCGCCAGGUGCUGGUGCUGGAUCGCUCGCUGCCCCCCGUGGCCGAUGGCUCCAGCUCCGACAUCUCACGCAUGAUCCGCUUCGACUAUGCGGACGAUGACUAUCUGCGCAUCUCCCAUGAGGCCUAUCGGGAGUGGACCAAGCCCCGGUACCAGGGCAUCUUCUAUCCCGCCCCCUUCAUCCUGACGGGCAACACCAGUGCCCACGGCCAGGCCUGGAUUGCCAGCACCACCGCCGCCCUAACCCGCCGGCAGUUGCCCUUCACCCGGCUCGACGAUGUCCACGCCACCAAGCAGAUCCACCCCGUCCUCAGUGGCGCGUUGGCCGCUCCCCCGUUCAAUGGCUAUCUCAACACCCAGGCCGGCUGGGCCGAUGCCAACAAGGCCAUCACGCAGAUCCGGGACGACUGUCUCGAGCUGGGAGUCUCAUUUGUGUGUGGUCGCAGAGGCACGGUGGUCGGCCUCGAGACCGAUGCUGCCCACGAGAUCAAGGCCGUGCGGACGCUGGUCGGCAGUCCCAUCGAGGGCGACUGCUUCCUCCUCACGGCCGGGGCCUGGGCCUCGAGCCUGGUCCCCAUGUAUAAUUCCACCCUGACCACCGGACAGGUCGUCGCCUAUCUGCGCCUGACCCCGGAGGAACUGGCCAAGUACAAGGACCUCCCCAUGUAUGCCAACUUCUCCACGGGUUGGUUCAAUUUCCCCCCUCAUGAGGAGACGGGCAUCCUCAAAUUCGCCGUCCACGGAUGGGGCUACACCCGCACGCCGGGCCAGGAGGAAGUCCUUUCCAACCAGGCGAAUGUCUCGGCGCCCCCCCUGAUCCCGCCCCGCGAGCGCCGCAACUUCGUGCCCGCCGAUGGGGAGGUCCGGUUGCGCGACGGACUGCGCGAGAUUCUCCCCGAGCUGGCCGAUCGACCCUUCGAGAAGCUGGCCUUGUGUUGGUACACCGAUACGCCCACCGGGGACUUCAUCAUGGACUACCACCCCGACUACAAGAAUCUAUUCAUUGGGGGAGCGGGCAGUGGACAUGGAUUCAAGUUCCUCCCCGUCCUGGGCGAGUAUCUGUCGCUGGCGUUGAGGAAGGGGUUGCCGAAGGAUCUGGCGCAGAAAUGGAGAUUUCGAACCGAUUACGCCACACGCGAUGAUGUCUUCUUGGGAGACGGCAGUCGAGGCGGACCCGUUCGUCGUGAAUUGAAUCCCCAGGAGAGGGCGAAACUGUAG